GGCUAAUUUGAUUUUUAUGUCCAUUAAUAUUUGUUUUAUACAGUGUGGUGAUGGAUAAUCUCAGCAAGCUUGUAUCCACUGAAGUUUAUGCUGCUUCUGGUUUCUGGCUGUGAGGCUAGGACCAAGUUGUUCAGCCUGCAACACUGUGGUUGCCUCCUGCCCAGGUGACCUCGGCUCCCUGUCAUCUUGGAAUUAGCUUCUUGCUACUUUGAACUCAGCUCCCUGACUUCCUGCUGGCUUGAUCUUGGCUCCCUGAAUGCCUGCCAGCUUGAACUUGUGCGUGCCUCCCCUGACACUGGGAGCUGCUAGAUAGAGCCAACAUGUAGCUGCUGAGUUCUGAGUUCACUUGGCCCCUUUCCAAAAUGGUGACCAGCCAAUUGCUCUUUCUUGGAACUUGUCUGAAGUGGAAUAACUCAUCAGCUGCUGCAGUCUGCUGCGUUCACUGCUCCAUUCUACUGGUGCAUUUCUCCAUGGAGGCCUCUAGGGUAACCAAUAGUCACUGUGCCUCUGCAGGUUUCAUCCACUCAUCCUAUGCCACGAGCUGGGGUUUAGGGGUUACUCCAUGGAUUCCUUUGGGCAACCCAGACCAGAAGACAGCCAGUCAGUUGUCAGCAGGAUGCAAAAGAAAUACUGGAAAACUAAACAGGUCUUUAUCAAAGCAACAGGAAAAAAAGAGGAUGAGCAUGUGGUGGCAUCUGAUGCUGAACUAGAUGCUAAACUUGAGGUUUUUCACACCAUUCAAGAGACAUGCACUGAACUUCUGAAGAUAGUCGAGAAAUAUCAGCUAAGACUCAAUGUUAUAUCAGAGGAAGAAAAUGAACUAGGGCUCUUUUUAAAGUGUCAAGCAGAACGGGAUGCAUCGCAGGCUGGCAAAAUGAUGGAUGCCACUGGCAAGGCACUCUGUUCUUCGGCCAAGCAAAGAUUAGCUUUGUGUAGUCCUCUGUCUCGUCUUAAGCAAGAAGUAGCAACAUUCUGUCAAAGAGCUGUGUCUGAUACGUUGAUGACAAUUAAUCGGAUGGAGCAGGCACGCACAGAAUACAGAGGAGCUCUGCUGUGGAUGAAAGAUGUAUCUCAAGAACUGGAUCCAGAUACUUUAAAACAAAUGGAAAAGUUCCGAAAAGUUCAGAUUCAAGUGAGAAAUAGUAAAGGUUCUUUUGACAAGUUGAAGAAGGAUGUUUGUCAGAAAGUGGAUUUGCUUGGAGCUAGUCGCUGCAAUAUGUUAUCUCACUCACUCGCUACCUACCAGAGAACAUUGCUUGGAUUCUGGGAGAAAACAGCUCGAAUGAUGUCCCAAAUCCAUGAGGCCUGUAUUGGCUUUCAUCCAUACGAUUUUGUAGCUUUCAAGCAACUACAAGACACUCCAAGCAAACUUACUGAAGACAACAAAGAACAAAUAGAAGGCACUUUUCUUACUGAAAAUCUCAAUAAGGUAGUUUUGUCAGGGGAUGAAGUGAACUUCAAAGAUGAACCAGUGGUGAAAGCUCUGUCUGCAGACUCACUGGAAGAAGAUUUUGAGAAGGAAUUCUCAUUUCUUAACAGUCUCCUAACUCUUGGUUCUUCAAGCACUAGUGAAUUUGUCCAGGAAUUCCAGACUUCCUGUGGGAGCCCCACCGCAAGUUUCACAUCCCAGGAGGCUUCUGCGGGGUCUGAGCCUCUUGCUCGUUCCUCUCAGUUCUUUCCUUCACAACUCUUUGACCUUGGUCUUCAUGCUGCUGGAGCUUUGAACAGCUGGAUUCCUCAAAAAGGAUCAGAACACACUGAUAAUAUGCCAGUGCCUUUGAAGAGUCCAAAGAAUUUAACAAAAUCCCCUAACACUGGUAACCAAGACAUGUCAGCCUGGUUCAAUCUAUUUGCAGACUUGGAUCCACUUUCAAACCCAGAUGCCAUUGGACACUCAGACGAUGAACUUCUUAAUGCUUGACUGAAGUUGUUAUGUCAUCUCUGGGGCUUUGAGACAUCACUUUCACAACAUGUUGUCUUUGUGGAAAUCAGUUUUUGUUAUAAUUCACACACAAAAGUGUGGUGUGUUUGCAAAUUCAACACCUGUCAGCCAACCUUAGACAGAUGGUAAGGAUAACACUUGUACUCAUUAAGUAUAUCUUCAGUAUUGUAUUUGCAGGUGUUGAUACUAUGUGGAAAAUUUUAGAAACUACUGAGUUGACAAUAUUUCAAUACCAAAAUUUACGUCCAAACAACAAGAAUAAUUCUGUCAAUAAGGAAUUAGGCCUAUUCCUUUGGAAAGCAUUUUAUAUUUCAGUUGACCUUGCUGGCUAUCAGAAUUCUGUAUGUGGAUAAAGGACAACAUGUAAAUUGAGUUGUAGUUUGGGCUUGAUUUUUAAUAAAAGUUCAGAGGGGGAAUUUUCUGUUAUGGAAAAUAGCACCAGACCCAGACCAGCUUUGUCUUUGGUUAGAAAGAUAGAGCAAGGUUUGAGAUCUGCAGCUGCUUUACUGACUGCAUGCUGCUUUAAUGAAAAUUAGAGAAACUUGUAGUUUUCUCCAUUUAGAGGCCAACUGUCAAGUUAUUGUACCUUUCAUUCAUAUAAAACCAUGAACAUUUAAAAUUCCAUUAUUAAAUGUUCUUGGGGGAAGUAGCAGGAUGUUUGAUUUUCUAAGCCUAUGAAAGACAAUCUACCUUCCCAUCAUAGUAAUACAAGAUACCUUUCAAGUAUCUUUGGAUCUGGUUUUUCACACAAUGCUACAGUAAUGUGCAGUAUUCAGAUUCUUCCUGAAAACAAAAUAGGGGAGCAUUCACUAACCAGUGGGCAGUAACGUUCCUGAGAUUACCUAGAAGUUUCUGAGUAAGGGAAGACAAUUCUAAUCCUCUUAUACAUAUGUUUACUCCAUACUUCUUGACGGUAUAUAAAAAAUAUACUUUCUGACAGAGACAACAGAAAAUCUGUGUGAUAAAAGGGAAUAUCUUGUUUUUCUAUUUAUCCAUUCCAUGGGCAACAUCAGCUAAGGCUUUCUGAUUAUUGAGUAAAAACUAUUACACUUAAAACCUAUGUUUUGGAGGGAAGGCUAUUUAGUGGAAGUUAGUGAAAAUUGAUAAAAACACAACUGCAAUACACACACAUCAACCAUUCAACUUUCUGUGCUUUUUUCUUAGACAACUGCCUUAAAAUGAAAAAAUGGUCAAGUGUUUUUUUGUCAUUCAGUACAACUCUUUAAGAAAACAUUUUAAUUAAGUUAUUCAUAGUAGUUUUCAUGUACUUCUAACUUCUGAGGGGACUAAGAAGAGAGUGCUUGCAAUCUCUAAGUCACAGUGUAUAGUAAAUACUUCUUAGGGAUGGGACUACCUAGGAAAAUGCAGCCCAGUUCUCCAUCUAUCCAUAGCAGUCUGGCCUAACUACAGUAGUAGUGCCCAGGAGCACAAAAGAAAACUACUGGCCAAUUAGUCCAAAUACUGGAAAUACCUCAUCUGAGGGCAGAGACAGGAACUUAGGAAAAGGUGUGAAGUCUUCUUUUAAUACACUUUCAUAUUUUUAACCUGGUUUUAAUGAGCUGUUAUUAUCUCUUCAGAUACAUUUUUUCCUCUAAUUCAGUGAAAUUUUCUACAGUGCAGUAUUGUCAUCAUUCUACCAAAGAUUAUGAAUCACAGUAAUUCUAGUUCUCUCAACUUUUGAGUGCCCCCAAAAAUGCUAAUUUUGUGUCUUGGGUUUGUACUUGUAUUUAUAAUUUAGCAUUGGUAGCCUUUCUUCCUAACGUGUUCAUUCACAGAGACUUCCUUCUUCAUCAUGUACCUACACAGAUGGAUCUGUUCUCUAGUAUAAACACAGACACGUCAAUGAGUAGAGCUACCAGUGAUCUACACAAGAGGCCUGAAUCCCAGCCUGUGAAACGUGAAAGGGUAACUUGAGUGUUUCAAGAGCAAAAGUUACACCAAAUUGAAACACAGAAGAUUUUUAGUUUGCUAUUUCAACAGAGGAGCAGAGAAAAGCAGAAGAAAAAUAUUACAAGCAAGGCAUGGGUCAAAGAAAGGUUACUGAAGCCCCAAGAAACUGGUGAUGAAGGAAGGUUAGGCAAGAAGAAAGGAAAAAAGAAAACCAUCAAACAAACUAACCAACCCUAAAAAUAAUGCUCGCACUUAGAAAAAAUAAAGAAAAAACCCAACCAAAUGAAGAAAAAAAAAUGACUUCUGUGAUUUCAUGUGGGCACAUUCUACAGGGGCAGCACCCAAUUUAAGAUGUGUCCCUGUUAUGGCUGGCAAGCAAAGAAGACAGUCAAAGCCCAGGCUGCAACUUUUCCAUCAGAUCCUUCCUGCGUCCCAGGACUCCACUUCUGUGACAGUUAGUUGUGUAAACUUGAGUAAGAAACACCCAAAUUGUCUCAGCAUAGUUCUGGGUAUGGAAGACCGACCCUAGGGAGGAUUGGUGCCACAAUAUGACAACAGGGAAAUGAAGAAGGCAGGCAAUGUUUCUGCUUGUUUCUUCUGAAGAGCCCAUCUUCACUUUCACUUUGGUUGUCUUUAGCCUUCCAGCACAGACCCAUGGGACACUACAGUGAGCUCCAGGCUUUCACUGGAUCCUUUGGAUCUCCAACACAGACAAUCCUUGCACUUUCCACAUCUGACUUGGGGUGUCCACUGUAAGCCAAUCUUGUAAAUUCUUAUAUAUUUUGCAUUAAGUGUCACUCUAGUAAGCAAAGAUACAAUCUCCUUCUUUUCUUCACUAGGUUAUUUUCCAGUAACUGGAUUCUGAAUCCCAGAGGGUGGUGUUACUGCUUACUGCUCUGCCAUCUUGCCAGAAGCCCCCUAAAAACUGUAGUUUUAAGACAGCAACUUCCAGGAUUUGGUUAGUCGCCCAAGAUAGCUGCAUGCCAACAGUCCUUGGCUAGAUCUACACUGCUCCCCUUCCAGACCCAUCAAUAAAAGGCCAUAAAUUGGCCCAAUUAAAGAGCAGGCUGAGCAAAUACAGAGAAUGUUUAAGUCACCUUCCAAAACAAAAACCCACCUGUGGAACAGGCUGGUACCCUUUCGUGGGAAGGGGUGUGGGGGCACUUUCUUCCCCUUUCCACCCCUCAAAAAAACUGUUUCCAGUUCCAAACUGUAGCGUGUCUUAUUUGAGUGCCUGAACUCCUCUUAACUGCAUCCUAUAUUUCCACCUCUGCUUGAUAAACCCUACUCACUCCUCUUUCUGACACAUCCUGAAAAUCUUUCUUCUGUGCUAUGAGUGGGUUUAGUUCCUACUUCUGCUUUUUGGGGACUUUCCCAGACCCAGCCCUGUGACAUUGGUGCUGAUGAAACCCCUCAGGCCAAAAUAAGUGUUUUAAACCACUGCCACAGAGGAAGAAUAUGGAUGGUUAAGCUAGAAUUUAAAGGGGGGGAGCCCUCUUCAUGUACUUCAGAAUAAAAUUAAGUGACUGCACAAACAAUAUCAUCUCUAGGUUUGAAAUACUAAAUUACUUAUAAACAGAUGUAUCUUUCCAUGUGCUGCUUAUAUAUGAAUGUCUGUUCAUACUCAUCACAAGUAUCAAGCACUUUCAAGUACUGGUAAGAAGGAACCUAUUGCUUAAUAUAAACAUUUUUCUAUCAAC